CCAGGCCGGGAGCGGGGCGCGCGUCCCGCCGCCGCCUCUGCCACCGCCGGAGCCCCCUCCCGGCCCUGCGUCCCGCCUCCUGCUCGGCGGGCGGGUCCAGCUGUGUUCCAUUAGCGGCCCUGGCACGUCCCCAGCCCCCUGGAACCGCCCCUCUUCCCCCACCCGCGGUGGCCGGCGUCCCGGCAGACAGGCGCGCGCGCUCGCGGGGCCGCAUUCAGCCCCCCGGAGCUGGCGCCCUGGCACUGGGGCCCGCGCCGACCACGAGUGGUCCGCGACCUCCCAGCGGCCUUGAGGAUCCCCUGGCCGGCUGACCUGGGCUGCCUGGAUUACUCGGUGAGGUGGGGAUCCCCGGCCACGGUGCUGUGGCUGUGGCCGACCUCUCUGGACCAGGAUGUGGGCAUCUUGGCUUCCCGGCUUGUGGCUGCUCAGUCUCUGGGCUGCGUGCAGCCAGGCGGCAGAUACAGGUGAGCAGUGCCCACUUUCACAAGAGGAAGGACUCAAGUUGGAACAUAGAAGCCAUUUAUCGACCAACAUAACUGGCUUUAAUCUCAUCCGCCGACUCAACCUCAUGAAAACAUCUGCCAUCAAGAAGAUCCGCAACCCCAAGGGGCCCCUCAUCCUGCGACUGGGGGCAGCCCCGCUCACCCAGCCCAUGCGGCGAGUCUUCCCUCGGGGCCUCCCCAGUGAGUUUGCCCUGGUGCUGACGCUAUUGCUGAAGAAACACACCCACCAGAACACGUGGUAUUUAUUUCAAGUGACCGAUGGAGAUGGGUACCCACAGAUUUCCCUGGAAGUCAACAGCCAAGAGCGGAGCCUGGAGCUCCGGGCCCGGGGCCAAGACGGCGACUUUGUGUCCUGCAUCUUCCCAGUGCCCCAGCUCUUUGACCUGCGCUGGCACAAGCUGGUGCUGAGCGUGGCUGAACGUGUGGCAUCCGUGCACAUGGACUGCACCUCAGCCUCCUCUCGGCCUCUGGGGCCCCGGCGACCCAUGCGGCCAGGGGGCCACGUCUUUCUGGGCCUGGAUGCAGAGCAGGGGAAACCAGUCUCGUUUGACCUUCAGCAGGCACACAUCUACUGUGACCCAGAGCUUGUGCUGGAGGAGGGAUGCUGUGAGAUUUUGCCAGGAGGGUGUCCCCCAGAAACGUCCAAGGCCCGCCGGGACACCCAGAGCAAUGAGCUCAUCGAGAUCAAUCCACAGACUGAAGGCAAGGUCUACACCCGCUGCUUUUGCUUGGAGGAGCCUCAAAACAGCAAGGUGGAUGCCCAGCUGACAGGAAGUAUCAGCCAGAAAGAAGAAAGAGGAACAAAGGCCCGUCAGGAGCCAGCAGCCAAUGAGUGUCCACCCUGUGUCCAUGGUGCCCGGGAAAGCAAUGUGACAGUCGGUCCCUCUGGACCCAAGGGAGGGAAAGGUGAGCGAGGCCUGCCUGGCCCAUCAGGCCCCAAAGGAGAGAAGGGAGCCCGGGGCAGUGACUGCGUCCGAGUCUCCCCAGAGGCCCCACUUCAGUGUGCAGAAGGCCCCAAGGGAGAGAAGGGGGAGUCAGGAGCCUUGGGACCCUCAGGACUUCCAGGCUCUGCAGGCCAGAAGGGCCAGAAAGGCGAGAAGGGAGACGGAGGCAUCAAGGGCUCUCCAGGAAAGCCAGGCCGCGAUGGCCGGCCAGGGGAGAUCUGCGUCAUGGGGCCCAAAGGGCAGAAGGGAGACCCCGGUUUUGUUGGGCCUGAGGGGCUGGCUGGAAAGCCUGGCCCCCCUGGCCACCCUGGGCCCCCUGGGAUAGGACUUCCUGGGACCCCGGGGGACCCAGGCGGCCCACCAGGCCCUAAAGGAGACAAGGGCAGCUCGGGGGUGCCAGGAAAGGAAGGUCCUGGCGGGAAACCUGGGAAGCCAGGAGUGCCGGGGCUGAAGGGAGAGAAGGGUGACCCCUGUGAAGUGUGCCCGACACUGCCUGAGGGCUUCCAGAACUUCGUGGGGCUCCCUGGAAAGCCAGGGCCCAAGGGGGAGCCAGGUGAUCCUGCACCAGCCAAGGAGGGCCUGGGAGCUGUUGGAUGGAAAGGUGAUCGGGGAGAUCCUGGCAUCCAAGGCCCCAAGGGAGAGAAGGGGGACUCCUGCUCAUCCUGCAGCUUAGCCGUAGGAGCCCAGCAUCUUGGGCCCUCUACAGGGGCCAAAGGAGAUGUGGGUUCCCCUGGCUUCGGUUUGCCUGGCCUUCCGGGGAAAAUUGGGGCUCCAGGGCCAGCAGGGCUGAAAGGAGAGAAGGGUAAUUUUGGGGAGGCAGGGCCAGCUGGCCGCCAGGGGCCACCAGGGCCAGCGGGACCCACAGGCACCAAAGGGGAGAAGGGGGAGCCUUGUGAGCCGUGCCCAGCCCUGUCCAAGCCUCAGGAUGAGGAUGGCUAUGUGGUGGCCUUGCCUGGUCCUCCUGGAGACAAAGGAGAGCCUGGGCCUCCAGGCUUCGGCUUGCCAGGAAAACAAGGCAGGGCCGGAGAGCGUGGACUGAAGGGGCAGAAGGGUGAUGCUGGGAAUCCUGGAGAUCCUGGAGUGCCAGGCACCAUGGGGCAGCCGGGCCUGUCAGGAGAGCCUGGCGUUCGGGGCCCCGUAGGCCCUAAAGGAGAAAAGGGUGACGGGUGCAGCGCCUGCCCCAGCCUGCAGGGAGCAGUGACGAAUGCGGCGGGACUGCCUGGGAAGCCCGGCCCUAAAGGAGAACCAGGCCCAGAAGGUGUGGGCCGGCCUGGUAAACCGGGCCAGCCUGGUCUACCUGGAGUUCAAGGGCCCCCAGGACUGAAGGGCAUCCAGGGAGAGCCUGGGUCUCCAGGAAAGGGAGCCCAAGGGCCCCAGGGGGAACCUGGAGUCCAGGGUUUGCCUGGCAUUCAGGGAUUUCCAGGACCUCGAGGGCCUCCUGGUCCCAUUGGAGAGAAGGGCGCCAAGGGAUCUCUGGGGCUGAAAGGAGCUGCUGGGCCUGUGGGGCCCCCUGGUGCCAGUGUCUCUGGGCCUCCGGGCCCCGAUGGACAGCAAGGACAAACUGGACUUCCAGGAGCAAGGGGGAUGCCAGGUGAAAAGGGACCUCAGGGAGAGAAGGGCGAGCCAGGGGAGUGUUCCUGCCCCUCUCGGGGGGAUCCCAUCUUCUCUGGCAUGCCGGGUGCUCCGGGACUUUGGAUGGGCAGCUCCUGGCAGCCGGGCCCGCAGGGUCCCCCAGGGGUUCCCGGACCACCUGGCCCUCCUGGAAUGCCUGGGCUACAGGGAUUGCCUGGAAACACUGGUCUGCCUGGACAGCCUGGGCUCACCGCUGAACUGGGGUCCUUACCAAUCGAACAGCACCUCCUUAAGAGCAUCUGCGGGGACUGUGUCCAGGGGCAGACAGCCCACCCAGUGGGGCUCCUGGAAAAAGGAGAAAAGGGAGACCAGGGUAUCCCCGGCGUGCCAGGCCUGGACAGCUGUGCCCGGUGCUUCGCGGAGCGGGAGCGCCCAAGAGCUGAGGAGGCCCGGGGAGACAACGGUGAGGGGGAUCCAGGCUGUGCUGGAAGCCCCGGCCUGCCCGGUCCUCCGGGACUGCCCGGCCAGAGAGGAGAAGAGGGUCCGCCUGGCAUGAGGGGCUCCCCGGGUCCUCCAGGCCCUAUUGGCCCUCCAGGUUUUCCUGGUGCUGUUGGCUCCCCCGGAUUGCCUGGUCUUCAAGGGGAGCGAGGCCUCAGGGGCCCGACAGGAGAGAAGGGAGAACCGGGUCCUCCAGGGCAACCUGGCUACCCAGGUGCCAUGGGCCCCCCAGGACUGCCCGGCAUCAAGGGGGAACGGGGCUACAUCGGGCCCCCGGGAGAGAAGGGAGAAUCGGGCCCACCAGGAUCUGAAGGUCUCCCAGGUCCCGCAGGCCCAGCGGGUCCCCGAGGAGAGCGAGGACCCCAAGGGAACUCAGGAGAGAAGGGUGACCAGGGAUUUCAAGGCCAGCCAGGCUUUCCCGGCCCACCGGGUCCCCCUGGAUUCCCAGGCAAGGCUGGAGCGCCUGGCCCACCCGGCCCCCAAGCAGAGAAGGGCAGUGAAGGGAUUCGAGGCCCACCAGGCAUGCCUGGUCCCCCUGGGCCACCAGGAUCUCCUGGGAUUCAGGGCCCUGCUGGCCUGGAUGGUCUGGAUGGGAAGGACGGCAAGCCUGGCUUGAGGGGGGACCCUGGUCCCGCUGGCCCCCCCGGACUCAUGGGACCCCCGGGCUUCAAGGGAAAAACAGGACACCCUGGCCUCCCAGGACCAAAGGGAGACUGUGGGAAACCGGGUCCCCCAGGCAGCAGUGGUCGGCCCGGAGCAGAGGGUGAGCCUGGUGCCAUGGGACCUCAGGGAAGACCUGGCCCCCCAGGCCACAUUGGGCCGCCAGGGCCUCCAGGCCAGCCGGGUCCUGCCGGGAUCUCUGCAAUGGGCCUAAAAGGAGAUCGGGGAGCCACUGGAGAAAGGGGCCUUCUAGGGCUUCCAGGCCAGCCUGGCCCCCCUGGACACCCUGGCCCCCCGGGUGAACCUGGGGCAGAUGGUGCAGCUGGCAAAGAGGGACCCCCUGGAAAACAGGGACUCUAUGGACCCCCUGGUCCAAAGGGUGAUCCAGGACCUUCAGGACAGAAGGGCCAGGCAGGAGAGAAGGGAAGAGCUGGCAUGCCUGGUGGGCCUGGCAAGAGUGGCUCCAUGGGGCCUGUUGGGCCACCAGGUCCUGCAGGAGAGAGGGGCCACCCUGGAUCUCCGGGGCCUGCAGGGAGCCCAGGAUUGCCCGGGGUGCCUGGCUCCAUGGGAGACAUGGUGAAUUAUGAUGAAAUCAAGAGGUUCAUCAGACAAGAGAUCAUUAAAAUGUUUGAUGAGAGGAUGGCUUACUACACCUCCAGGAUGCAGUUCCCCAUGGAGAUGGCCGCAGCUCCGGGACGACCAGGGCCCCCGGGGAAGGACGGUGCCCCAGGCCGGCCAGGCGCUCCGGGAUCACCCGGACUUCCUGGCCAGAUUGGCAGGGAAGGACGGCAGGGCGUGCCAGGCAUGAGAGGAUUGCCCGGUACCAAAGGUGAAAAAGGGGACAUUGGUAUCGGCAUUGCAGGAGAAAAUGGUCUCCCCGGCCCCCCAGGCCCUCAAGGCCCUCCAGGGUAUGGCAAGAUGGGUGCCACUGGACCAAUGGGCCAGCAAGGCAUUCCUGGCAUCCCUGGGCCCCCAGGUCCCAUGGGCCAGCCGGGCAAGGCUGGCCACUGUAACCCCUCUGACUGCUUUGGAGCCAUGCCAAUGGAGCAGCAGUACCCACCCAUGAAGAACAUGAAGGGGCCUUUCGGCUGAAACCACCAGCUCCGUUAGAUGAAGGACUCCAUUGGGAACAUAUGGCUGAAACUUACAGGACUCUGUGAUGGGUUGUGAAUGUUUUGUUUUUCUGAAUUGCUAUUAAUAUUUUUUUAUCAAUAAAUGAACAAAACUA